CAAAAACCACCAUGUGGGGGUCGUAAUCUGGAGCAGGGUGGGGGAGAAUAAAGAAAAGAAGACAAGAGAGAGAGUAACCGAAAAGAGAGAUGAACAUACAUGUAUAUAGGGUCCCUUGAGGUUGUUGGUGGGGUGAUAUAAAAGGGCAGCUACUUCUUGCUCUGUUGUUUUGGUAAGCUCCUCUGCUUGCUUUAUCAUCUCUCUUGAACAGCAACUCAAGCAACAGAAUGGCGAAGGUUCAUCCUAAGGGCGGGAAGAAUCCGUCCCUAGAAACGGGCAGCGAGGCGUCUGUGUUAACGGUUUGGAAGAAGUCUCUGAUGUUCAGCUGCAACGGCUUCGCGGUGUUCGACUCCAAUGGGGAUCUCGUAUUCCGAGUGGACAACUAUAUGCACGGCAACAGAGGGCAGAUCCUUCUGAUGGACGCCUCCGGCAAGCCUCUCCUUACCAUCCGCCCGCAAGAUGCUGAGCCUUGGAGAUUGCUGGGUGGUGUGCGAGGGAGAGACAGCGUUGAAGCCGCAGUUAACGGUGAGAAAGCGCCUCAACAGACUGAAAUCGAAGACACUGGCCUACGCCACCAGCACCUGUUCAAAAAAGAAGACAUACCACAUCCAAGGAUCAUACUCCCAGCGAUGUUGCGUGGUGUACGACGCUAACCAGCGGAAAGUGUGUGAGCUGAUAAGGAAAAGAGGGUGUGUGGGAGACGACGUGUUUCCGCCUCGUCGUCCACUCUUCUUUCCAAUCUCCCAUCGCCAUGGCCCUCGUUAUACUCCUCGACCAGAUGUUCGGCGUCUCCUAGUCAUUUUAAUAUCCUUCCAACAUGUUUACUCAUAACAAACUUAAUUAUACAUAUACGAUAUUCCAUUUUCUCAAAAUAC